AUCCCAUAUAGCUUAGCUUGUUAGAUAAUAGAUCAAAAACAAGAAAAACGAAAUGGCAACAACUAUUAACGUCGAAAACAUAUACGACAGAGCCCAAGAAGUAAAACGAUUCGACGAAUCAAAAAUCGGAGUGAAAGGGUUAGUCGAUUCAGGCCUCACCGCUAUCCCUCGCUUCUUCAUCCACCCACCCGAAACUCUUUCCGACCUUAAACCCAAACGCAAACCCGAGUCCGUUGUCAUCCCAACCAUCGACCUCUCGGGGCCUCGGUCAGUGGUCGUGGAGCAAGUUGCCUGUGCAUCUCGAUCCUUUGGCUUCUUCCAGAUUGUAAACCAUGGAAUUCCUGUGGAAGUUCUGGACCGUACGAUUGGUUCCGUUAAAGCUUUCCAUGAGCAUCCAACGGACGUCAAGGCAAGGUUCUAUCGUAGGGACACCGGAACCGGUGUAUCCUUCUUUUCCAACAUUGACUUGUUUCACUCUAAAGCCGCAAGCUGGAGAGACACACUCCAGAUAAAACUAGGACCAACUCUAGCAGAAGUUAGUGAGAUUCCCGAGGUUUGUAGAAAUGCAGCGGUUGAAUGGAACACGGAGACAAAAGCGUUGGGAGAGCGUCUAAUGGGAUUGUUGUCUGAAGGGCUUGGAUUGGAUACGGACAGGAUCAAGAACACUACUUGUUUGGAGGCAAGAGUUAUGGUCGGCCACUACUAUCCAUGCUGUCCCCAGCCCGAUCUGACGAUAGGGGUUGCAUCUCAUACGGAUCCAGGAGCCCUGACAGUGUUGCUGCAGGAUCACAUUGGUGGGCUGCAGAUUAAGCAUGAAGGGGAAUGGGUGGAUGUCAAACCUGUUCCUGGAGCUCUUGUUAUAAAUGUUGCAGAUGUUCUUCGGAUUAUGUCCAAUGACGAGUACAAAAGUGUGGAGCACAGAGUGUUGGCCAAUCCUUCCCAUGAACCUCGAAUAUCAAUUGCUGUUUUCUUCAAUGCAAGUGCUAGGGAGGACUUAUAUGGACCAUUUCCAGAGCUUACUUCACCAGAGAAACCAGCCCUCUACCGGCAAUUCACAUACAAUGACUACCUGAGAAGGUUCUUCACCAAGGCAUUGGAGGACAAAACUGUGACAAAUUACUAUAAGCUGUGAAAGAUAAAUCAAAACCACGUUCUUCAAGUCAGCUAUAAUAAGAAAGAUCAGCAUCGAUGCUGUCAAUGGAGGAGAAAAUCAUAAACUAGGUAAAAAGGUUUAGAAAACACUUCUCCCAAUACAAAGAGUGUUGUUGUUGAAUAUAUUUAUAAUAAAUAUAUAUGUACACUAAGAAAAGAAGAAAUGAAAAACAAUUAGUGGAGUUGACCUAAGACUACAGCUAAGAUUGUGCCCACAGAUAAAUCAAUAUUACAGAAAA